AUGGCUUCGAGUACUGAAAGCUAUGCUCCUCUCGACGGUGGACAGGAGGAACUGCCGACUUACAGCAGCGGACUUCUGAUGUAUGCGCCAGAGAAGAGCCCUGGGCCUUGGGCUGCCAUCAAUGUCGGUGUUCUUUCCUGGUCUAUUGCAAUGCUGGUGAUAAUUAUCAUGGACAGCGGCCGGCGUGAUGAGUUUCGAUCUCAACUAUACUUGCUUUGGAGCUUUGCAACGACGUUCGUGUGGGUUCUGGAAGUUUUUUUGAGUGUUUGGUAUCAGGGAAGGCACUCCUCCUGGAGAGAAGCUGCAGAGCUCGUACUUGCUGCUUACCUCACCUACGAGUCUGCUGUGACAAUGUGGAGGCACUGGUGCUACCCCGACAAGGAAGUUGAAGGGGAGGUAAUAGACGUUAGCCUGACUGUAGCAGGCUACUUAUAUGCUUCGGAAGAGACGUGUUUCCUUACAUGGCGGCAAUGGCGCCGGGUCUUUCCGUGCCGUGCGGAGGGCGAAGGGGUUGCAGACAAGUUCGACCUUGCCAGCGAAUGA